AUCGACCAUAGCUACAUUACUAGGUCAGCUAUAUAUCCAUACACAUUGUAAUUUCAUUAGAUAAAAUCUCUUCCUCAUAUUAUUUACCGAACAGUUGUUCAAAAACUUUUGAUUUUCAAGCAAAUACUCAUGAAACCGAAGGUGGUAUAAGGCACUCUCAAAGCAGCAAGAGACCCAUCUACGUCAUCACUCUCUUCUUCCGGUUUCAGCGGCGAGGAGCUGAUGAGCCAGCCCUUUAGCCCUGGUUGGUACCGUAUGCCAAAGCUUAGUAUCUUAAUAUUAAAGAACGUUGUCUUGAAGUAACUGUUCCGUAUACUAGGAUUAAGCUCGGCACUGGGCGGGAUGCCAUAUCAAAGAUUAUGGCCAUACAAAGCAAUAUUUAAAACAUUAAAAAACAUCUGUUGAGAAUAUUCAAUUAUGAUUUCGUUAUCUGUGGUUUUUGAGAGUAAGGCUUCUAACAUGUUCGAUAAUCCCUGUUAUUACUCUUCGCUCUUACUACGAUGGGAACCCCGUUGCAAUAAAAGAAAAUCUGAUCAAAGCAGUCAUCAAUGUAAAGAUCAAAAUCAAUUUUCUUUCUACUUUGAGUAGUUCGUUUGUUGCCAUGGUUCAAAGACAAGAUGGUUUUCCAAGACUAAAAGCUGUAAACUGAAACUAAUUACGUCAGCACAAGCAUGAUGCAAUGUAAUGUUCAAAGUGGGGCGAAAUUUGGUAGGAGAAAGAUUGUGUUACGGACGAGAGUUUUUAAAAAAUGGGAAAGUCUGAAUCUGAAUUAAAGAAAUUUUUAAUGAGUGCAUUAGAAAAGAACAUGUUUAGCAAAAAUUUAAAGAGCAUAAGUAAGGGUAUUUUUAGUGUGCAGUUUCCAACAAAGACAAAAGAUUUGAGUUCUGCUGAUGAAGAACUUUUAAAGGCCUGGAAUCAUAGAAAGAAACGUCGAUAUGGAGGACCUGUUGAUUACUCUAGAGCAGUGCAAGGCUUCAAAGGAGCUUUGAAAAGUUCUGCAUAUUUUAAGUGUUUGGAUGUCAACAAAGGGCUAUAUCAGUUUGCUAACACAGACGAAAUUCGAAAUACUCAUGAGCAGAAAAGAAACAGGAAGAAUUCAAAUGCAUCUAGUUUAUCAGAACGAAGUUCUAUAAUAUCUGUGGAUUCAGGUAAUGAAAGUAUUAAUUCUCCUCAAAAUAAAUCUCCUUUAAGAGAAAAUGUUGAUUCUCAUGCUGAUUGUGAAGCUGUUAAACCAUCAAAUGAUCCAUGUGAAGAUACAGAUACAUACAUGGGAUUAGAUUUUGAGAAUUUACAGUUUGAUGAAGACAUGGGUGAUAAUUAUGAAAAAGAUUUUAAUGAACUUUUUGAUACGCCUGCUGUGAAAAUGCUUCUUAACUCUAAAUCAGAAGCAGAUGAAAUGAGAACACAGCAUCUGUUAAAUGUUUGGAAAUAUGUGGAAAUAUAUCACGUAUCUGGUGAUCUUUACACAUUUGUUUUUGAGCGUGUGAGUGACUGUGCUGUUCACUUAACCGAAGAGCAGCUGCACCAUUCGUUUCAUGAAAAUUCGCAUAUCCUUUAUAUGGAUGGCCGAAGCUUAAAAUUGUUCCAUCAAGGCACACGUUUGAACUCAUAUAUUAAGAAGGAUACUUUUUUCCUCUAUGUAAAAUUUAAGUUGCCAAGUAGUAUAUAGCAUUGGCAACUUAAAUCCAAACACUGCCAGAUCUUAACUAAAAAUCAAAUAACUGGUUAUUAUAAAAUGGCCCAUGUUAUUUUCCAUGCAUCUCUUGAAAGGGUAAAUCAGAAGAUUUAGCCCAUUGAUGUUGAGAAAUCAGGAGAAGGGGGAAAUUAAAAUGGCAAUUAUGAUAUAUAUUAUAUAUAUAUAUAUAUAUAUUUGCUGUAAAAUUACAUCCUAAUACAUAGGAUAAUAUAAAAUGUGAGU